AGACUGGCGGGGUGGCCCCGCGAGAGGCGGGCGGGCGCAGGGCCCAGCCGGGAGCCUCAGCCCCGGCCUCGCGCGAUCGCCGGGCGGGGCACGGGCGCGGCCUCCUGCGGGCCCUUGAUGCGGUUGAGGCGGUGCGGACCACGGCGGAGCCCGGCCCGGCGGCGGGUGCGGUAGGAGGCGGCGGGGCCGCGGGCCCGGGCUGGUGACUGCGGCGCCCUUACGAUGGACGCCCUAGAAGAAGAGAGCUUCGCGCUGUCCUUCUCCUCCGCCUCUGAUGCAGAAUUUGAUGCUGUGGUUGGGUGUUUAGAGGACAUUAUUAUGGAUGACGAGUUCCAGUUACUGCAGAGGAACUUCCUGGACAAGUACUACCAGGAGUUUGAAGACACAGAAGAGAAUAAACUCACCUACACCCCCAUUUUUAAUGAAUAUAUUUCCCUGGUAGAGAAGUACAUUGAAGAGCAGCUGCUGGAACGUAUCCCAGGCUUCAACAUGGCGGCUUUCACAACGACACUGCAGCACCAUAAGGAUGAAGUGGCUGGUGACAUCUUUGACAUGCUGCUCACAUUCACGGAUUUUCUGGCUUUCAAGGAGAUGUUCCUGUACUACAGAGCAGAAAAGGAAGGCCGAGGACUGGACUUAAGCAGCGGCUUGGUGGUGACAUCUCUGUGCAAGUCCUCUUCUUCACCAGCUUCCCAGAACAACCUGCGGCACUAGGUCCCACCUUCAGACAUGAGUGUGAUCACUAUGAGGUCACCUGCCCAGCCGGCUCAGAAAACAUGGGCUGCUGAUGACAGAUGCAUCUUCGUUCAUGUGAAGUUUUGAUGAGUCCUGGAAAACAUGACCAACGCUCCUGGCCCUUGUCCAGAAA